AUGGCUAAGAGGGUGGGGUAUCUGGUUGUUAGAACUGGUCCACAAGGUGACGAGGCUAUCAUCCCCCAGGGCGAGUCGAACCAUGACAUAGAGGACGAGGUCCAGGACUGGCGCAACCUUUCCAAAAGUCUUGGUUCCAGCACCAAAACCCAAGCCGCUAUUCCCAAGAGAGGUGAGAAAGAGUUCGAACCUGAUGGCACCUCUGUCCAGAACAGAGCCCUCCAAGAAUCUCGCGAGUCGAUGUACGAAGCCCUUUCUGGGCUUCGUGGACACAGCUUGAAGCAAAAAUUGGUGGCAGUAUGGAUGUCGGAUCAGGGGCAAAGCAUAGUCGUUCAUGCCAAAGGUAACUACUUCAGAGACGUGGGAAUCCCUGUCAACAUCGGCACCAAGGUCAGAGGCGGGCUAAUGUUGAGUCCGUUGGAAACUGUCUACUUGGUUGAGCGAGGCUCCAUGGUUUGCUACUUGGGAGAUGCCCAUUACGAGCAAUGGUUGUACAACGACACCAAAGACUUCGAUUACGACUCGUUGGUGAUGUUAGACCUAGGAUUUCUCUACGCCAUCGUUGCUGAGACUAGCCACUUCGACGUGGACCAGUAUCAGGUUUAUUCCUAUCUCAAGAGGCACGGUUACUUGAUUCUUCAAACGAAAGCCAAAGAGCAACGAGAGCACCAGGCAAAAACCAUCAACGCAAAACAACAGGCCCACAAGAGCACGCCCGAAACUCAUAAGAGCAUUCCUGACACCCGAAAUCUCAGCAGUGGACUGAUGUUCCUGCUUGGAAUUGGAAGGAAGCUCUCACAGGCCACAUCUUAUUGGGGGAGCCUAUUCUCGACGCUCAUACACCACUGCAAAAAAGCACUUGUCUACAUUCAAAGCAAGCUCAUCUCAAUGGGAGUUUUCGCAGUUCCUACCUCCCACUCGUUGCAUUACUUCACCAAACACUACUUCAACUAUACUGAAGUAUUUCAGUCGCUAAGGAUCACGCCCUCAUCGGCUGUUCCCGCCCCUUCCUCGACCUCGCUGUCUUUCCAACUUGUGUUUGAUGUUUGGAAACCUACAACCUCCUUUUCCAAGAAAUCGCCCCCUCCCCCAGACUUCCAGCUCUGCGUGGUCAACACAGACCACAGUAAUUUUCCAUCAUUGGCUACUAUACGGUCGUUGUUCGAGGUGGUCAAUAAGGAGGAGCCAGUGAAACCAACCGAAAAGAAGCCGAAGAAAAAGAGCACGCUUCCACCUACCAAAAAGGAGCUCAAAUACCAACGACAACUCGAAAGACAGGCUCGGUUGGAUGCGAAAGUCCAGCAGCGCAACUUGUACUUGAAGACCAGAGAUAACAAGCUCAAGUUUGGCUCCAGUGGGGUUAACGUCAUCAUAGCUACCGUAAAUCAAGGUAUCCUCAACUUCGUUAAUUUAUCCGAAGCUGACUUCGAAUUGAAGGAAAUCGAAGACUUAGACGUCAUUUAUCCAGGAAAGGACCACGGCAUUGUAUAUAUGGACGGCUGA